GACAAUGAUGAUUUCAGUGAUCGUAUUGAGCCUACUGGCUCCAUCUUUGGCUGCGCCGAAUUCUCUGAGACUAUGGUCUCGAAGACAGGACCGCAUUAUCGGGGGUACCGAAACCACCAUAACGGAGUACCCCUGGCAGCUGUCUCUCCUCCUCGAAGGGUCCCACAGGUGCGGAGCUUCCAUCAUUAGCUCCAACUGGGCGCUGACGGCUGCCCACUGCAUCGACGGUGUCCCGGCAUCUCUCUUGACCGUGCGUGCCGGCUCCACGUACAGAAACAGUGGCGGGACUGUGCUCGAUGUUGCACAGGCUAUCAAAAACAAACUGUACUACAGCCCGGCUGGCGACUAUGAUAUUGCGGUGGUGCAGCCCGCUGAAUCUUUUCCGCUGGGGUCUGACGUGCAGCCCGUGGGCCUUCCAGACGCCGGAUAUGAUCCUCCGAAUGGCCUCGCCGUUACUGUGACAGGCUGGGGACUGAUAGCGUCCGAUGGAAGCAAUGCAAACACACUGAUGAAGGUGGACAUUAGCAUUGUCGAUCGCUCUACUUGCCAAGAAAACUUCGGUAGCCUCGUAACGAAGCGGAUGGUGUGCGCCGGUGAGGCAGGCAAGUCUGUGUGCAACGGGGACUCGGGAGGUCCUCUCGUCAGUGGUACCACACAGGUGGGCAUCGUGUCCUGGGGAGGACCCACAUGUGAAGACUAUGGCGCAGUCUACAGCAAUAUUGGAGAACUCCGUUCGUGGGUCACCAAUACUACCGGCGUUUGACAAGAAGGACAGCUGUACUAUAUGAUACACUUUUAUUCAUAUUAGAGGUGGCACUUUUGUAUUGAAAUUUUUUGUAUUAUUCUGAAUGUAAAACGUUGUAAUUUCUCUUCUGCCUGAAAUAAAUUCAUAGUUCUGCAUGCCUGA